GCAAAUAAAAGUAAGGAAAGGAAAAAAAAAUCAGAAAAAGAGGAGAUAGUAUAGUUGUGGAGAGCGCGUGCUCGAAACACUUGCAUUCCUACAAGUCCUUUUUUUUUACGGUUCUAAUUCAGCCAAUAGAAGACUACAAGAUAUACUAGAAAGUGAUUACAGUGCUGCUAAGAUGGCUUCUUUGAACUUAUUCUUUACUCCGAUCGCCGCCACCCAAAGAAGAGUAAAAACUGCAGCGACGGCGGCGAAGGCCUCCGGAGGUGGCAGUGAGGAGAAGGGGCCGCUAGAUUGGAUCAUUGGGGCAUUACAGAAACAAGACCAGUUUUAUGAGACUGAUCCAAUCUUGAAGAAGGUGGAAGGGAAGAAUGGCGGCACCACCAAAAACACCGUCGCAGUUCCGCCCAAGAAGAAAAAUGGCGAUGGUGGUUUUGGGCUUGUGGGCCUCUUUGCCAAGAAAUGAAAUGUAAUGAUUUCCACUCACCUGUCUGUCUGUUUCACUUUUCUUUCUUAAUUCAGUUGCACAUUUGAGUUUUAGAUUGUACACUUAACAUUCCAAAAUUUUAAACCAUAUAAAUCUAUCUGCCUGCAAUUGCAUGUAUUUUAUGCAA